AUGAAGAUCGUUUUACAAAAAGUCAGUCAAGCAUCUGUAGUUGUCGAUUCAAAAGUUAUUUCUAGUAUUAAACAUGGUUAUAUGCUGCUAGUAGGUAUUUCCAUCGAUGAUUCCAUGGCAGAGGUGGAUAAGCUAUCGAAAAAAGUGCUUAGUUUGAGAAUCUUCGAAGAUGAGACCAAGAAUCUAUGGAAGAGAAAUAUUAAAGAGGUAAAUGGUGAAAUUCUAUCGGUGUCUCAAUUCACUUUGAUGGCAAAAACCAAGAAGGGAACCAAACCCGAUUUCCAUUUAGCCCAAAAGGGUCAUAUAGCUAAAGAACUUUACGAAGAAUUCUUAAAAUUACUAAAAAGUGAUUUGGGUGAAGACCAAGUAAAGGAUGGUGAAUUCGGUGCGAUGAUGAGUUGCUCUUUAACUAAUGAAGGGCCGGUUACAAUCAUUCUUGACAGUGACCAAUAA